AUGGAGACUCCUCUUGAGAAGGCCCUGACCACCAUGGUCACCACUUUCCAUAAAUAUUCAGGGAGAGAGGGUAGCAAGCUGACCCUGAGCAGGAAAGAACUGAAGGAACUGAUCAAGACAGAAUUGAGUCUCGCAGAGAAGAUGAAGGAGAGCAGCAUCGAUAACCUGAUGAAGAGCCUGGACAAGAACAGUGACCAGGAGAUUGACUUCAAGGAGUACUCUGUGUUCCUCACCACGCUGUGCAUGGCCUACAAUGACUUCUUCCUAGAGGACAAGUAA